UGCGAAAAUACGCAUAGUGAACGAACGUGUUCACUUAGUUUGGUUCGUUGAUUUAUUUUUGUUGUUUAAAAAAAAAUGUUUACACAGAUUCUAGUCUUGUUUGUUGCAGUCUACUAUGUUAAGUUAGCAAAUGGCGCCAUUUCUAAUAAACCUCCCGACGCGAUUGUAUACCCAGGUCCCACACAAGAAGUCUUGCAGACGAGGUACGGGUCAGAAGAUGAUGUGCCCGAGGAGUGUCGCGGGCAGAACUACUGCUUCGUAAAACCGCCAAACUAUCCUCAAGAUAAAUACAACAGAAUGUUUGCUGAUAUGAAAGAUGUGAAGCAGCCAUCAGUCAUCAUCUCAGAACUGGACGACAGGACCGGCGACCCCGGUGAAAAGGACGGCUGCGAUUCUGUUGUCACGUACGAGCCGCUGUACCAGGUGCAGGCAGGAGGUCGAUGGCGGAAGGUAGUCCAAGCACCAGAUGUCAACUACCUUCAACGAGUUAGAUUGGAGAAAUGCAAUGACAAAGUGCCAAGAUGUUUCUCUGACUACCCCCCAGUGCCGGGUAUAACCACAAUGUGUCGUCAAAAGACGGUGUCGUGGGAGUUUCUCGUAGACGACGAGAAAGGCGGCACCGAGCGGGUCACGGCGGAACUGCCUAUUUGUUGUGCCUGCAUGUACAAAAUGGAAAAUAAAAGGAAAUAAAUAGUUACAUGA